AUGAUUAAGGACGCGUCGUCGUCGUCGUCCUCUUCUUCUUCUUUGUUUCAAAUCUCCGCGAAAACUCUCGAAGAAGCUUUCGCACAAACCUCGUACCUCUCGUACGAGACAGUCAAGCAGAGCACACAAAGAGCGUCUGUGUUCGCGAGAGAGAAGGCUUUGCGAGAACGAGAGAAGAGGAAAGAGGCGAGCGAACGAGCGAAGAAAGAGUUGAGAGAAGAGCAUGCGAGGAUUGAGAGAGAAAUCGAGAGAAGAUUGGAAAGGAAAAAGGAGGAGGAAAAGGAGGAAAAGAAGGAAGAAAGCGAAGAAGGUUUUUCGGAUGGGAACUUUUGUCGACAUCGCGAGAAGGAAAGAGAUGAGACGAAGCAAAAAGAAUGCGAAGAACGGAGCGAACACGAGAAAAAAGACAUCGUUCGACUCGAGUCGGAAGCGGCGAGGUUGAAGCAAAAGCAAACGUUACUCGAAGUUGAGUUUGAAAUCGAAACGAAGAGAGAAGCGGAGCGCUCCGAGCGAGAGGCGAGAUUGAAAGAGAAGGAAAGGAGUAGAGAACUAGAGAAGUUACGAAAGGAGGUCGAGGUUACGAAGGAAACGUUAGAAAACGAACAGUUAUCUCACGAGAGAUUCGUGCAAAGCAUGCUCGGAGACGCUACAUUUUGGACGAGCGAAGUCGAGAGGAGAAACGAGAAACGCGAGGAAGACGCAGAAUCGGAAAGGAAAGCUCUGCUCGAGACGCUCGAGAGGACAGACGCGAAAGCGACACGAUUGGAGGAAGCGAAAGAUGCGUUGAGAAAAGAAAUGGAGAGACGAGACGCGCGACUGAAAAUGAACGCGAGAAUCAAAGAGCGUGUUUCCGCUCAAAUCGUCAUCGCGAGAUGUUUCCGAACGCAUAGGGAGCGAAAGCGAGAGAGCGAACUUCUCGAAAAAUCUGCUUCCAAGAAAAAGAAAAAGAAAAAGAAGAAACAAAAGGGCGCAGCUACCACAACUAAGGCUGUUAAACCUCGUUGA